AUGCCUCGUGCGAUCGAUUCCUCUCGGAGCAGCAGCAGCACGAAGGCCACCCUCACCUUCUCCGAGCUGCAAAGUCACAGGCUAGUACAACUAGGUCGAAAAACAUGGCUGCAACGGGAGGAGCCGCUGCAUGCAGACGCGGGGGCUUACUUCGCAGCCGCAGCUGCAGAGAAGCAGAAGGCUGCAGCUGUCGCUGAAGGUCGCGUCAGAGCGCUCAAGAAAGCUCUGGAUCAGAAACUUCCCCGGGAAGCCUCCGACCCCCAGCAGCAAAAGGAGCUCACGAGGCAGCAGCAGCAGCGAGCCUUAGAAGCUGCCGAGAAGCGAGCUGCCUCAGCGAGAGCAGCUGCAGCUGCUGCUGAGGCAGCUAAGGCUUCCUGGGAGGCUCACUGCGCGUCAGCAAGCCACUCGCAAGCAGAUUUAGCGCAAGCUGGCGGAGAAAAGGGAGUAGCGGCCUUAGUAGCCGAGGUGUAUGGACACCUCCGUCGGAGUGGGUUUGGCGGCUCUGCUCUGCAAGCUCUUGAGCACACGCAUUACUUGGAAGCGUUUUUAUGGCCUUCUUUCUGCAGCACGCCUCCUGCUGCGACAGCGAAGGGGCAAGAAGCCUCCGGUACAACUCAGCCAGCACAUCUCCUGAGCAUCUGCGCCUUGUUGCUUGGCUCGGGAGCUAGGGGGGGGGAGAUGCUGCUGCCUCUGUACCGUCAGCCUCGGCAGCUACGCGCGUUGAGGCAAAUAGCAGGGCCUGCCGUCGUGGCUGUAGGCGGCGCUCCACAGAAGGAGGAGAGGGAGGAGCAGCAGCAGCAGCAGCAGCAGCAGCAGCAGCGAGACUUGGCAGAAAAGGAGUCGGAGAAGAAAGAAGCCGCGAGCGAUCUACCCGCCGACUUCUUUGCAGCCAAACUGAAGGCAUUUUUCUACCGUCUCGCGAUGCUCCUCGCCACUGCACAGCUACCCCCUCCGGCAAAGGCGCAGCAGAAGGGACAGACAGCACCAGUGGAAGAAGAAGAGCAGCAGCAGGAGCAAGAGAAAGAAGAAGGGAAGAGUGAUGCUGAGCAGAACGGCAGCAACAGCCGUGGGAGCAACCUUGCGAGCGCGCUUUCCAGCCGCGAGGAUGGUCAAGCGUACAGCAGUACAACGAAGACGCAGCUUUCCCUUGGUUCUUGCGUCAUCUAUUUGACACACGACGAACAACGCCUCCUGGUUUCCUUCUUCAUCUCAGCUUUCUACGGCUUGGAGCAUCCAGUUCUGCGACGCCUUUGUCUGUCGGUAUGCGGUCCUUGCUGCUUCGCGCGACUGCCGCAGUCUGCGCUUCAGCAGCUGCUCGAUAGCAGCGCCGCUGCUGCCCUCCUGUGGAAGCGAGCUCAGAAACGCUUGACGCCUUUGCAGCAAGCAGCAGCGGAGACAGCAGCAGCAGAAGAAGGAAGAGGAGGUAGAGCAGCAGACAGCACAGAAGGACGAGCCGAGGCAGCAGCAGGCGGAAGCACAAAGUCGCCACGCGACAGAGAGCAUUUGCAACAAAUACUCUUGGACAGAGAUUUCAUGUUUGUGCUUAUGCGGAAAUUCGUAGUCCUUUCAGAGGACGUAGCGGGAUCCUUCAGUCAAGACGCAGUCCCCCUUCCCCUGGUGCUGCUGCUUGAGCGCAUGCUGGAGUUUUUCGUGGAUUUGCUGACGCAGCUACCCACACGGCGGUGUCUGCUGCCGCUGCUGCAGCAGCAGCAGCUCUCCGUUCGAGCCGAGCGCAGCGCUGCGGCUGCAUGCAGUGAGGCUGGUGUCUUACGGCAGCUGCUGCAGCAGCUCUUCUUCUACGAGCGGUUCGAAAUCGACGAUGAUACUGGGCGGCCGCUGAGCGCAGCUGCAUGUACAGCUCGGCAUUAUGAUCGCGUUGAGGCUUUCCAGCGGCGCUGCUUUGAACUGGGGGGGGAGAACUGUAGUGGUAAUGGUCGUAGUGGUCAUAGCGGAGCAGCAGAUGGCUCGAAAGCUCCGUUGGCGUGCGCAGCGCUGGCAGACGCUGCCCUCGAGCCUAUAUCAUCAAUUGAUGACUGGAAGCGACUACAGGAGCUCCUGCAGCAGCAGGAGCUCUUGACACUGCUCGAUCUGUGCGUCCACUUGCAGCUGCUGGAUCCCCUGCAGCUGCCGGGCGUGCCGGAGCCGCAAGCCGUCGCAGCAGCAGCAGCAGCGGCAGCAGCAGCAGCAGGAGCGCAGCAGCUAGCGGCUGCUGCAUGCGACAGUCGCAAACGCAGCAAGUCGUGGGUUCGACAGCACUUGGUAGCCGUUCUAGUGAGAGCGCUGCAGCGGCAGAAAGAUCAACUGCAACAAAUCAACAGUCAGCCUCUCUACCCAGAUGAGCUCGAGCUCUGGGAUGAAGUUCUCCUUCCGCAGCAGCAGCUGCACCACUCGCGUCAACUGCAGCAGGCACGAGCGCUUCCCAAACUCAACCUCCAAUUUCUCACCGUCCACGACUAUCUGCUGAGAAAUUUCAAGCUCUUCAGGCUGGAGUCGCUGUAUGAAAUCAAGGAGGAGAUUGAGGAUGCUUUGUGGCGUUUAAAGCCACGUCGCCGACUAGCUGCUAGCGCUGUUGCGGCCGCUUAUCCAUCAGCAUCUAUGCCAGGGCAGCAGCAGCAGCAGCAAGAAGAUCUCUUGCAGCUUGCGGAUGCUGCAGAUUACUUGGGAGGCGAUACUGUGUUUGAGGGGUCUUGUAGAAUGGCGUUGAAGCUCGAAAGGUUUACCGUAGUUGCAGUCCUUCCUCCAAGGGUUGGCGAGCAGUUUCCGUCCGAGGUACAGGCAGAGCUGGUGUUUGAUAUUGCAGGAUGCCCUCAGCAAGUGCGGAGGGAGUGGGACUGUUUGAGAGAACACGAUGUUGUUUUCUGCUUGGCAAUCGCUGCGCCUCUGAAGCCUCUCACGACUAAUCCAGAAGGCCUUCCUCCUUCCCACGUGCGCGCUGGGUUUGGUAUUUUGGCAGUGCGGGGAGCAGAAGUCAUGGAAUUGCUCGAUCAAGAAGGUGUUUGCAUUUCUGAACCAAGCCCAAUUAAGCCGCACAAGCCGGUUGGCACUCUGCGGACGUUGCGCGUGCUGCUGGACAGCUGUGCAUACAGCCGAGAUUUGCAGCAGUUGAAGGAAGGCGGGAUUGUCGACUUUCACGCGCAGAUGAAUGUGUUGUUGCGUCGAAGUGCUCGGCAGAAUAAUUUCAAGGCCGUCCUCGCCACAAUUAAAAGCUUGAUGAACAACCCUGAAGACGUUGUGGUUCCUCCUUGGGUGCACGAUCUCUUCUUAGGCUACGGCGACCCCAAGGGCUGUACGUACACCCGGAUGGCGAGCCGUCUGCCCUCUCUGGAUCUCAGAGACACGUUUCUGGAUGUAGCGCACAUGAAGGAGGCCUUCCCGCUAGCUGAGAGCCUCGAGCUUCCGCACGAAGAGACAGCCGCUGCUUCGCAGCGCUCUCAGCAACAGGGAUACCACAGGCUGCACUUCACGCGACCAAAGCAGCAGGAGGCGGAGAAAGCAGCAGAGGGCUUCGAUGCCUUGGGGGAGGUUGAUGCGCUAGACGCAACAAGGGAACGAAUCCGCUUCGAAAGCUACACGCUUCCCAGCUAUGGUCCAUAUCCCGAAUGCGAACGGAAGCGCAAUCGUAUCAGGUUUACGCCAACGCAAGUGCGCGCUCUGAUAUCAGGCUUGCAGCCAGGCUUGACUGUCGUGUUAGGACCCCCUGGCAGCGGCAAGACGGAUACGGCGGCUCAGUUGGCAUAUCUGCUGUAUCACGCAAAUCCUAACGAGAAGACGCUGCUUGUUGCGCAUUCGAAUGCGGCUUUGAACGACCUUUUCCGAAAGGUAGCUGCCCUUGACGUCGACGAAACACGCCUGCUGAGGCUGGGGAGAGGGUCGUUGGACCUGCAGCAGCAGCAGGAAGUCUGGCAGCAGCAGCAGCAGCAGCAGCAGCGGGAGGACCUUUUGCUCCCUCUUGAGGGGUGUGACGAUGUGGAAGACUUCUCCUUCUCGAAACAUGGACGCGUAAACAAAGUGCUUGAGCGGAGGAAGCAGCUGCUGCAGCGAGUUGGCCGUCUAGGGGAGUGCGUCGAGAAGGAGCUUGCAGCAGCAGCUGCUGCUGCAGCUGCAGCAGCAACUGCCAAGGGGGCAGCCGCAGCUGCAGCGGCGACUUGUGUGUCGGUUGGGGACGUCAGCUCCAGCUGCGAAGCGGCUCUGCAGUUCUUUAAAUACCACAUCCAGUUCAGAACUGAGCGAUACUUUGCCGCGCUGAACACCAUCCGCAAUCUCAAGCAGCAGCAGCAGCAGUUGCCUGAAGGGGAGGAGGACGAAGAAUUUCGCAGAAAGGUGGAAGCGGCAAUCGAGAGGUACGAGCAAGAGAGGGGGAGUCGAAUCUUCGUCAUGCUGCCCGUCAGCCUGAGACGCACAGCCUCCGAAAACAACAGUGACACCACGCAGCAUCAGCACGAGCUAGCUGCAAAGAAACGGCCAGCAAGCGAUCCGCCAUCAAAAGCUAGCGGGAAAAAACGCAGGCAGGAAGCUGCGGCAUCUGAUCCGCAGCAGCAGCCGCAAGAAGAAGAAGAAGAAGAAGAAGAAGAAGAAGAAGAAGAAGAAGAAGAAGACGAAGAAGAAGAAGAAGCCGGGCAGCAGAGUCAACAGGAGCACCUUACAGCCGAAGAAUCUCACUUUACUGUAGACGCGGCAACCGCGCAUUUCAAGUACAGCCGAAGCCUCGAAGAGCUGCUGUUUCCGUUCACAGCCUUCUUUGCGGAUGCCCCUCAGCCGCUUUUCCCAGGAGGAGCAGAGGCAGAUGCUGCAGUUGCUUCAAGCUGCAUUCGCUACUUAGAACAAAUGCAGCACGAGCUGCAAGACUAUAGGGCUUUUGAACUCCUUCGCACGGCGGGGGACAGAGCAGACUUUCUACUGACGACGCAUGCGCGCAUGGUAGCCAUGACAUGCACGCAUGCCGCCAUUACACGGGAUCGCUUGGUGGAUUUGGGGUUCACUUUUGACUCGCUCCUGGUGGAGGAAGCGGCUCAAAUCCUUGAGGUCGAGACAUUUAUUCCCAUGCUUCUGCAGAAAGCCAGGGAGAAGACGUCUCGCCUGAAGCGCAUCAUUCUGAUCGGAGAUAACCACCAGUUGCCCCCCAUUGUUAAACACAUGACGUUGCAGCAGUUUUCGCAUUUGGAUCAGUCGUUGUAUGAGCGUUUUGUGCGGCUGGGGGUGCCUUGCAUAAUGUUGGAUCGUCAAGGACGAGCAAGACCUUCUUUGGGUUCUCUUUAUAGCUGGCGGUAUGCGCGUCUGGAGAAUCUGCCGCUCGUAGAACAAGCUCCUCUUUUUGCAGCUCCCAAUCCAGGAUUAGGCUGUGUAGCGCAGUUUGUGGAUGUGUCGGACUAUAAGGGGCGGGGGGAGAGCUGUCCUUUACCUCACUUUUACCAAAACUUGGGGGAGGCGGAGUACAUCGUUGCAGUGUACAUGCACAUGCGGCUUCUCGGCUACCCCCGCGAGCGCAUCGCCAUCUUGACUACUUACAACGGGCAACUCGCGCUCUUGCAAGACGUCCUGCAACAGAAAUGCGCGUGGAAUCCUGCUAUCGGCAUGCCCAGAGCUGUUGCCACUGUAGACAACUGCAUGUGCCUAGCCGUCCGUCCGCGUCGCAUAUGCAGUCGCAUGCUUUUCCCUCUUGAAACCACCACAGUGCAGAGUGGCGUCCUUCGCAUGCACUACUUCUGCCUCUCGCUUUGUCUCUGCAUGCGCUGACCUUUCCUAUGUCUCGCUGGUGUCUCUUGCGGUGCGCCUCCUGCCUGCGCAGACGUCCUCUUGUCUCUUGUUCGUACAAAUCGCGUUGGUCAUUUGAGAGACAUUCGGAGGCUCAUCGUUGCCGUCAGCCGCGCGAGGCUUGGCCUGUACAUCUUUGGGCGUUGGUCGCUUUUCAGCAACUGUGUAGAAUUGCUGCCUGUCUUCCACCAACUAGCGCGAAACCCCAUACACCUAGCGCUUCAUCUGGACGAAACGGAUUUCAGAGAAACCUUAACGCGCCACACGGAGGCGCUCGCUUCUCGCAAGGACCCCCCACCGUCCCGCGGGCCGCUCACGUACAUCCGCGGCGUUGAGGAGAUGCAGCAGCUCGUGCAGCAGCAUGCAGCCCGUCGCGUCGCCGCGCUAAAGGAGCAGCUGCUCCAGCAGCAGCAGCAGCAGCAGCAGCAGCAGCAGCUGGAACUGGCAGUCGAAGCAGAAGCAGCGCGACUUGCCGCUCUGGAGCCUGAAGAGCCGCGUGGGCCCUUACCCAGCCUAAGGGGGCAGUUUGGCAGUCAAGUGCCGCCUCCGCAGCCUCUGCCUGAAGAACUGGCGAGUCUGCCGUUGCCUGUGGAUGCCACGGAAGUGGCAGCGACGGCUGCAGAAUCUCCUUUGGUGGUUUCUGCAGAGACGGAGUUGGCAGGAGACGGCGACUCCGAUGUCGCUGCUGGUGCCGCAGAGGGGAGCGAACAUGCAGACGUGGAGAAUGCGCGGGAAAUCCCACGUUCGCGGAGUCCCCUUCUGGCCGUUGGGGGCAUUAAAGCGGCAACAGCAUGCAGUGUUCAUGCAUUUUCAACAUGA